CACCACCCUAUCGGCCGCUCUUCCCUCCCUCCUCUUCCACUGCCAUGCCAUGUCUCCCGGGUUAGCGGUCUCCGCGAGGAGGGAACGAUAAUGAGGCUGCGACCUCUUCCUACUGCUGCCCCUGCUGCUGCGGGUUCCAUGGAGGAGGCGGCGAAGAGGAGCGGGAGAGGGGAGGUCGACUUCUCGGCCCCGUUCAGGUCUGUGAAGGAGGCCGUCGACCGAUUUGGUGGGAGCGCCACUCCGUGGAGGCCGCAGCCAUGCCCUCAGUUUCUUCUUUCCCCUGAGGAUGUUGAGCUUAUGAAAAUGGAAGAACAAACCAUAAAGUUAGAGAUGGAUCUUUUUUUGAAGGAAAGAGAGACACUUAAUGUGUUGAAAGAACUGGAAAUGACUAAAAAAAUAGCAGAUGGCUUAAAAUUACAACUACAGGGAGAAGCCUCCCAAGUCAUUGAUGAUCCAGAGAAAUAUUCUUGUACGAUGCUGAUGCCUCCGAGUUUCAAUACUCAUGAAAAGUGCUCCACCUAUUCUAAGAGCCACAAGGUGCCCGUAGAUCAAAUUUCUGAUCAGAAGCAAACCCCAGUUUCGAUUUUAAGGGAGUUGAAGCAGGCUAAGUUAUACCUGAACAAGACCACAAGUGGUCUUGCUGGAACUCAGAGUUCAGUUGAAUUGCUAAAAAGUGCAAUAGAGGAUGAGAAAAUUUUUCUUAAGAAAACCCGUGAAAAGCUAAACUUAAAUAUUGUUAAAGUAUCCUCCUUGGAACAAGACCUUAGUAUAACAUUGUCGCAAAUAGCACAGAUCAAAGAUGCAAAAAGCAAAGAUUCUCAAAGCCCUUCGGACAUGUUGAGACGUAUGGAACAGCUCAAGUCUGAAACAGAGAAGUUUAGAAGAACUGCUGAGGCUGCCAAAAGUGAAAUUUCUAAGCUAUCUGUUGGUAUCCAAUGGACAAAGUCUAGUAUAAAGACUGCUGAGGUGAGGUUUGUUGCAGCAAAAAAGGUGGAGGCAGCAGCCAGAUCUGCGGAGGUUGUAGCCCUCGCAGAAAUUAAAGCUCAAACAGAUGGUAAUGAUACAGAUGAGGCACACCAAAAUACCAACAAAAUUGUUCUUGCCAUGGAGGAGUAUGCUGUGCUGAUCAAAAGAGCCCAAGAGGCUGAUGAAAAUUUGCGGAGGAAAAUGGAAGCUGUCAUGACUGAUCUAGAAGAAGCACAGCAAUCUAAGGUAGAUCUACUGGAAAAGGUGGAGGAAACAAAUGCAGAUGUUGAAACCAGUAGAAAGGCACUACAGGAAGCCUUAAAGAAGGAGAAAGCUGCAACCAGUGGUAAGAUUGCAGCUGAAGAAGCUCUUAGGAAAUGGAGGUCUCAACAUGAUAGGAUGCGGCGGUUGUCUCAUCUAACCAACACCAAAUUCAAGAACUCCUCGGCUCCCCAUCAAAGGCGCUCUUGGAUUCUUGAUGUAAAUGGACUGAGUAUGAUAACUGCUGGAUCAAGUAGCAAUUCACAUGGUUCCACCCUUUCGAUCGGACAGAUACUGAGCAGAAAGCUCACCGGCAGCGAGGAGCAAGAUUCACGAGCACUUCAAAUAAUCAAAGGAAAACCUAAGGUUUCCCUCCGCCAAAUGCUAAGCAAAAGGGAUGACUUCUUGUCUCCUCUAAUGAUCAACGAUGGUGAUGUGCAGAAGCAGUUUUCGGCGAAGAGGAAGAAGCUCAGAGUGCUGGUUCUCUCACUCUUCUUGGCAAAGCGAAAAAAGAAACAGCGCACGAGUUCUCCGGUCAGCUGCCACGGCAAGAAUGUGUGAUCAUUCAUUGCACUUUUAGCUUGUUUGACAUUUUCACAUGUUGAUCCUUUUAAUCUCACUGACAGUUUCAUGCUUAGCUUUGUCAGAAUGAUGGAUUGGAUUCUCUGUACAUAUGAUAUUUUUCCUGCAGUCGCUAAUUCUCCCUGCAACAUCGAUGCUUUUGUGGACGUGAUGACGGUGAAAUGAAUUCAGUGAACUACUACUGAUCUAGCAAUCGGUGAAGGUGGUGAUGGAAAUCCAUUAUUGGUGAGGAUGCUAUGAAACUACAGUUUCGGCAUCAGUAAUGGACUACCAUCACCCACUUUCUCGAUCUGAGGAGGAUGCAUUGUCAUCGCUUACCUGUCGUGGAAAACGACAUCCGGGCAUCGAAAGAUUUGGAGGAGCUUCCUACCUGUCGCUCAACUCCAACGAGUCCCACGAUGUCAUCGUCAAGGCGUUCGAGCAAAUGACACUGUAAUCUGCUCAUGGCCAUUGGCGUUCGGCGUCGCCCCGGUCGCCAUCUCGUGUCGUAGAACAAGACUGGUAGCUAGGCAGCAUGGCGGAUACGUGGCAAGCUGUGAUUUGUUGCAAAACACAGUCGAGGAUCGCGGGAGCUUGAUGCAACUAGAGCCGUCCGAUUCACGAAUCGUCGCCUAUACGCUUUCUUUAUAUAGCACGGCCGCCGUAUCUUUUCGCUUCGUUUCGUUUCGGCGGCGUACAUUCCGUCCCUCUCUCGCCGUUCACAGAAAGCCAAGCUCCCCGUUGCUUCUUGGUCGAUUGGCCGGACGAUCGAGAGAUCAAAUUUUCGAUAGGUGCUUCUCUGGGUGAUCUGAUUAGGAGCUUGGCAUUGUGAUUCUUUGGGUUCAAUCCCCAUUUUAAUCGUGGAAAACUGCCUUCUAGGAUUCAACUUGAAGUAUAGAUCAGAAAGGAAUAUUUAUUCCAGUCAGGGCAGGUUUACAAUUAGGUCAAGUGACUCCGGAAGUUGGCCAGGACCCAAAGUUUCCACCUUUGAGAAAGUUAGGGCUUCUAAAGUUGAUGAGAACGAUGGUGGAGAUGGAGUCUGUGAUUAAGGUGGAAAGUGGUGGGCAUAAAAUUUAUGGGCAGGCUCCCUUGAUGGAAAA